AGCUUUCAAGCACACACCAAUCAAGUUCUAAACCAAACAACGUCCAUUAUGGAUCAGUACACUGGACAGGCCCUCGCCGUCCACAUGGCCGCCGGGAACAAUGGUAAAUCGUCGACGUCGGCCAGGUUGAUCAGAUCUCUUCCAUUUGACAGCGUGCAGGCCCUGUCCGCAACUCUCACAACCUCAGAUCACAUCCCUACAAGAUACAUCCGACCUGAAGCCUUAUCCGAGCCCGUCAUCAUCCCCGGCGACGCCGAGGAUGACAUCCCAGUCAUCGAUUUCCACAAACUACUCGACCCGGAGCUCUCUGAAGCCGAGUCCUCCAAGCUCGACCUCGCUUGUCAAAACUGGGGCUUCUUUCAGUUGAUAAACCAUGGUGUUCCAGAGGAGGUGAUUCAGAGGAUGAUAUCUGUGGUUGAAGAGUUCUUCAAGCUUCCAUUAGAUGAGAAGAUGCUGUUCAAACAGCCUCCUGGCCAACUUGAAGGUUAUGGCCAGUUGUUUCUUUUCUCUGAGGAACAAAAGCUAGACUGGGCUGACCUUCUCUUCUUUUAUACUUCGCCUCUUCAUUUGAGAAAAGUUGGAUUAUGGCCUACAAAUCCAUCUACUUUCAGGGAUGCCUUCGAUGAGUAUUCUAUGGAGGUGAAGAAAUUGGCAAAUUGUCUUCUUGGAUUUUUGGUUAAAAACUUGGGACUUGAUCCUAUAGAGAUGACAGGAAUGUUAGAGAAUGGCGCUCAAUUUGUGAGGAUAAACUGCUACCCUCCAUGUCCUGAGGAUAAGAAGGUGCUGGGUGUGUCCCCACACUCUGAUUCUUCUUUCUUAACUCUUCUUCUUCAAGUGAAUAGUGUUCAAGGGCUGCAAAUCAGAAGAAACGAUAAAUGGCUCCCUGUCAAGCCUCUUCCUGGUGCUUUUGUUGCUAAUAUUGCAGAUGCAUUUGAGAUAUUGAGCAAUGGGAAAUACAAGAGCAUUGAGCACAGGGCAGUCACAAACACUGAGAAAGAACGCUUCUCUAUUGCAGCAUUUCAUGGUCCAAACACUAAUGCCACAGUUGGACCUCAUCCAGAGCUUGUUUUGAAGGGUGAACCACUUUACAAGAGUAUGGACUAUGAGAGCUAUAUGAAACUCCGCUUCGAAUCCAAACUGGAUGGAAAGAGCUUCUUGGAUCGCAUGAAGCUGAGCAAAUAAUGCAACUUGUACCUUAUGUAUUGUAUUUGAUUAUCUCUCUGGUUUAGAAUAAAAUGAGCUCACAAUUUGACUAUAUAAACA